GUGGAAGAUGGUCGAGGGCUCGGUGACGGAGGUUGAUGAAGCAACCGUCCUCACCGACCCCACGGGUAUGCACAUCGGUGCAGGGCCGUGCAUGUUGAUAUACAGUCGCUCGGUCACGGAUGAGCAGCGAUGGGACAUGGACCACCCGCGAUACCAUGAGCACUUCAUGUCGAAUGUCCUACAAUGCAACGCGCAAUACUUCGAGAAGCUGCCUGACGAGGUGAAGGCGCGGAUAGAGACAACGUGGGGCUCUGCAGACGCAUUCGUGCGAAGAGGCAUGCCUUCACAAGCCGUGCCCCAUCCCAUGUCUCCGACUGCCCGCUCAGCCUCACCGUCGACAGCGAUGAGCGUGGAUCUUACUCGCGACACACCGCCCCGUGGCCCGCGACCCGAGAAGCCUGGCCACGUCGCUAGCACUUCGCAUGCGGCGAGCCCGUCGUCGCACCGUAAUUCGUUGCGCAAGACCAGCUCGGCGUCGCGGGAUACGAUCAUGCGCGAUCCGCCGCUGCAGCACCGAGACGCGAGCGUGCGGGAUGUGCCGCCGCACCAGGCGCGGGAGCCGCGAGACCUGCCGCCACAUCAAGCGCUACCUCGGGAGGGCUCUAUGAGCCGGGUGGAAGGGCCUCACGGGCCCAGGGAGGCGUCGAUGGGCAGGAGCAGCCCAUCGUUGAGCCGGGAUGCGUCCAUGUCGAACCCAUGAUCUAGCGGUGAGGAUAAUGCGAGACUCAAGGCCCCCUCGUGUACUUUUACCUGCAUAUUUAUUGCCUCGUACUGCUGCUUGCUGCC